AAGAAUGUAAAUUAAUAAUGUUUUCUAUGCUUAAGUAGCAUGACGUAGUUCAAAUGAAAUUCCCUUUCAAGCUAGCCUUUCAGAGUCAAUAGAAAAUAAUUUAAUAUUUAGUUUUUAAAGCAUGUUAUCUAGUCCUAAAACUUAAAAUAUUGUUAGAAUGUAUAAUAAUUUAUAGUUAAACUCUAUCCUUAGAAUUGAGGCAAAAGCAUUUGUUGGGUAUUGUUUGCUUCUUCCAUUUUUAUAACUUUCUUACACGGUAAAGAAGGUGAUACCAAAUAUUGAAUCAUGUGAUUAAACAGUUGAAAUUAUGAGCAAUAUAACAAUGACAGCCACUGAAUUAGAGUCAUGUUAAGAAGUCAUCAUUUCCAGAGGUUCAGAAUUUGCAGUUUCAAUUGCAGGUCGCCAGUCCCAAGAUUAAAAAUUUAUUGUGUCUUGUGAUCUCUGUGUAAUUGAAUUCAGAAUCUACAAUCAGGGAGAGAAUGGGGUCUUAGAAUCAACCCAGUUGUCUAUGAAGAGAAUCAGACCUUCCAGAUUUGGACUUUUGUUGUUAGGGUGCAAACAAUAGGUUUUUAAUUUAAUUCAUUUCAGGAUAGGAAAUCAGUAAGUAUAAAUAAAAAUAUUUUUAUCCACUCAAGUUACUGAAUAUUAGAAUAUAAUGUAACUGGUUGCAAGCAGAUAACAUAUAUUGAUGUUUAAUACUUGUAGUAUAUAAUGGUAAAAUUUAGGAAUUUGUACCACUUUCUGAUUGAUGUUAAUUGAUUUUGGCUCCUGCUAAUUUAAAGAUUUCCUAUUAUCCAUUAUUAGUCCUUAAAAAAAAAUCUUUACAUGCGUUGUGGUUAUGGUGAGGUGAAAUUUUUUUUUUCUUUUCAGGGAUGUACCUGCGGCAUGUGGAAGUUCCCAGGUGAGGGGUCAAAUUGGAGCUAUACCUGCCAGCUUACACCACAGCCACAGCAACACCACAUCCAAGCCAUGUUUGUGACCUACACUGCAGCUCAUGAUAAUGCCAGAUCCUUAACCCACUGAGCAGGGCCACGAAUUGAACUCACGUCCUCAUGGAUACUAGUCUGGUUCUUAACCUGCUGAGCUACAACGGGAACUCCAAGUGAAAUAUUUUUAAAUGAAGAGGCCUUUGUAACAUUAAAAAUCAUCUCCUAAUUCAGCUUUGGUAGAUCUGACAUAUAUGAAUUGUUCAGUUCAAACAGUAACAAAAUUAGGUUUGUGAGUUCAUGCUUUUCUCCUUAUUUCAGGCUAAGGCAAGUUAUUUUUCAGUUCUUAGUAGUAACCCGGUGAUUUGUGAGUAGCUAUACAUAGAUUAAGAAGUUUCACAGUUAAAUUUUAAUUCUUUCCUAAUUUCUCUUUAUCCGUACUUGAUUACCUAAGGAUAAAGUUAUUAUACAAUCAUGUACCCUGACAGAAAAGACAGCUGAAAGUCAAAUCAAGCCAAAUAAGCUUCCGCUUUUACAUCUGCAAAAAAUGCCUCAAGAACCAGAACCGAGUAAGGAAUGUGGUAGAGAGGACCUGUCUGUAUAUUCAGGACUUCCUUGUGUGGAAAAGUGUGAGGAAAUGUGGAACAAGCAAGGCAAAUUAGAGUGGAAAAAUAACUUAAAACGCGUCACAGAGGAGUUAAAACAGAAGUUUGGUGCAAUUUGUGAAAAAUGCAAAAUUCCUCUUGGUCCUGAGCAAGAGCCACCGCAUGAUAACUCCAGAAAAGGAGCAGACGUACAGGAAACACUCUCUACUUUGACAAAAAAUACACUGGAUGGUGAGGAAAAAGAUGCUGGAGUAUCUCUCUCUGUAGUAUUCCAGUCAUUUCCUCAACAGAAAGGGCCCAGUCUUGAAAAUGUUUCUCCGUCGUAUUCACACUCUGGGUCCCCAAGAUACGCUUGUCAGUCAUCUUCAAAGCUUUAUUUAAAUGAAAAUAAAUUAAACUAUAAAAGUGGUCAGCCAGACACUGAACAAGUUUUUAACAGAUACAAGGAGAGUUUUUAUAAUGGUACAGAAAAUAAAAAAGGAAGGACCCCAGUAGUUAUUUUUGAAGUGAAAGAAGACCAAGAGUUUGAUAUGCAGAUGUUACAAAGCAGAACUCAAUGUGCCACUAAUUGGAAAUCAGACAUUGGACACCUAUCUCAGUCUGGUGAUCCCAAAAGCCCUUUUGAUUUGUGGCUUGCCCGCUCCAGUGAAAUGAAACACAUGAUUCACAUAAAAAGUGACGGUAUUUCUGCUGUUACAAAUACUUCUAAGAAAACCAAACCAGUACAAGACUGGUUCCAGAGGUCCUUGCAUACAGAUAAUUGCAGUGCUAAUAACUAUAAAAGCAUGGAACCCGAAUUAGGAAAUGGGAGUUCUCCGUCGAAUAGUAACAGAACAUCCAAAGUAUAUCUAAGCGAAGAAUUACAGCAAGAUAUGCAAAGGUUUAAGAAUGAGAUAGGCAUGUUACAAGUAGAGUUCCUGGCUUUGGAACAAGAGAAAAUUCAACUUCAGAAAGAGGUAGAGGUUCAUUUGCUGCAGCUUUGUUUUUGCCUCUUUGUCAGUUAUCUGAUCCAUUCUGAUUUUUCCACUUAUGAACAUAGCUUAUGUAUAAAACGGGGUCAUCUAUACAUGUAAUUGCAUAGAAAGAGGUUAUUUGUGCCACCUAAAUAAGAGAAGUUCAGGAAAAUAUUUUCAUGGGUUUUGUUCCUUAAUCAACCUAAGUCUCUCUCUAUCAUUCUUUCCUGUUGAUUGGGAAACUAAUUUAGCACUAUGUGACUUCUGAGCCAGAAUAAGUACAAAGGAAAUUGCUUAAGAAAUAUAUUAAGCUAGAGUUUUGGGGUCCCCCCUCUUUAAAACCUAUUGGCUUAAGUUUAAAUUGCAUUUCCAUAGAAUGAGAAGGAAGCGGUGAAUGAGAGAAGGGGCAUAAACACAUGUUUCCACUAAAAUAAUCUAUUCACUGUGCUGUAAUGUGUGCAAUCUUACCUGCUUUUCUCAGUCCCUUGGGACUUAGAAUUCCAACAUGUCCUCUUCAAGAUAUUUUUAAUAACAAACACAUGUAUUCUUACAUAUUCUUUAUUCACCAUUCUCAGCUGUUUCUAUUGAGUCAGACCUUUAUAUUAUGUUGUUUCAUUAAGUGUAGUAAGGUUUGACAUGUAUAAUUUUAUUGUGUAGGUAGUAUAAACCCUCAGCAAAAAAAAAAAAAAAA